GGGGGAGAGUUCCGCGGGAGGUAACUCGAAUCGACGAUACGCAGGUGUUGAGGGCGGGUGCUGCUGCUGCUGUAGCUGGGGGCAUUCCGAGCACGUAGCAGACGAAGGGCCCGUGUCUUGUAGUUCGCAAAAAACAGGACCCAGCUUUCUCAAGAAGAGGGGGCAUAAUUCAGACCCAAGAAGGAGCGGGUGCUUGCUGUCGUCCAGCUAGCCGGGCGGAGGAGAAACCGGCGCAGCGAUGGCAGAGGUAUUCAGCAGCAACUCGCCCUGCAUGCUGGGGAAGCGCGUCCUGAGUCCCCACUCGCACGGCACCUUGAUGGGGGGCCAGCUAGACUUUUCAUCCAAGAAGCGAAGACUCGGUCAAGGCCUCGAUCAAGGCUCGUUCGACCGAAGCGAAUCCGACCAGCAGCAGCAGCAGCAGCAGCGAUCCCCGUCGCCGGUGCGGGCGGGCAAGCGCGCGCGCCCGCUCUCGCCCCUGCAGCCGUCUGCCCACUUCUCUUCGGGAGGAGCAGGGGAGGCGGCCUCCGCCUCCCGUGGCUCCGGACUUUUUGGCGGCGGCUCCUUUUCGCAGCAGCAUCAGCACCAGCAGAGAGCCCAACGGACGGGGGCAGAGGACGGCGAGCUGGCAGCUCUACGGCGCGAGGUUGCAGUCCUGCAGGCGCACGCGGCGGAGAAGGAGAGCGGUCUCAACAUGGCGCGCGAGGAGAACGGUCGGCUGAAGGAAGGCGUGGGGAUGUUCCAGAAGGAGCUCGAGCGACUCUCCGCGGAGAACCGUAUCCUCAAGCGUGCCGUCGGGAUCCAAAACACCAAGGGCAAGGAGCUGGAGGGCCAGCUGCACGGGCUCCAGCAGGCGGCGGGGCAGGCGGCGGAGUACGUGAAGCGGCUCGAGCAGACGAACUACGCCCUCUCCGUGCGCGUGCAGGCCAUGGGAAACUCGGGAGCGAGCGACUUCAUGGGCGGCCAGCGCCCCCCGGACGUGUUUUGAGUCUCCAACGACGAUGUCGGGGGCCGGUCGGCGUGACGUCACAGAGGGGGUGAGGGACGGCGAAAGAGUGCUGUCGACGUGGUACUGUUUCGUAACUGUACGGACAGGCUGGAGAGGGAAGACGCAAACGGAAGAGCAGGGGUGCAACAUUGAUGCUCUUCUGCGCCUCGCAUGGUGUUUCUAGAUACGAAGGCAGGUGGGAGGGCGGGGUGGGUGGGUGGUCGACCGUGAACGUUGUAUCAACCGCGAACCCCCCCCCUACUGCUGUUACCGGUGGCCUCGUGGCCUUUUUCUCUCUCUGGGUACUACACAGCGACGGUUUGAUCUUCGGUAACGAGGAAAUGUUAUCUACUAAGGUCCGACGAAUCGCGCGAGUAAUAUGAUGUCGAUGACUGCGGUGUGGCUUGGCGACGUCUGUUAGAAGAAAAGGUCAAGUGUGACCAUUGUGUGUGGUCGCGAGAGGCUUGCGAUAUGCUGCUGGUUCGAACCAUUUCGCGUCUGCCCUUGGUGUCCUUACCCGCGUGGUUGCUGGAGGGAGAGGAGGGACGGGGGGGGGGUGCUGUUCGGCUCGUCCGUUGUUGGUUGGUGCGCUUGGGCGUUUUUUUACCUCGACGCCCUGCUCUUCUGCACGCUUCUACACGGCUGGAGGGAGGACUUCCUACAAGGCCGGCUCUCAACAGUGAUCGAAAGAGCAUGAUAACACCACCUGCUGUUGUGUGAACCGGAGAGUUUCCAAUCAUAUGGUGUACAUACUUCGAGUCCGAGAGGGCGGGGCUUCUUUUGUUGUUGUUGUUUUUUGUUGCUGUGUUGUGUAUUGUGACAUGCUCUUUUUCUUUUCACUCGUGUGCACAGCAGUUUCUGUUGCUGUGGGCACGCGUGUGUUUUCGCGGGCCGAAUAGUUGCCGUUCGCUUCUGUCUUGGAUCGAUCGCCUCUCCACCGUCGUCGUCGUCAAAGCACCUCUCUUGAGACGUCUCAUGCUUUUUCGUUUCAUCCGAAGGUUUGGUGGUAGAUUUUCAUCUAGCAUUGUUGUUCCACAGUAUGACCGGGGGGGGGGCGGAUGGAGGAAAAAGAUCGGGGAAAGUAUCUUUAGGGUUUGAUAGUAGGUCUGGUUGCUCCGCGUGUGCCGUGUGCCCUUCCCAGAUAGUUAACCUAGUACAUGCUCGGGAGAUAUUUUAUUUUCUUUUUAACAGGCGUUGUUUUUUGCAUUUAGCAGCUUGUUAAACGUUGAUGCUCGUCGGUUCGGUAGACCGCCGCCGGAGCUGCUACGCCCUCUCGGCCUGGGCAGCGCUGUUUGUCGAGAAUGCGUCAGUGACAGUAUAUCGGGUCACGGGCACCAAGCGUGUGUUUGACCGGUGGGUUGGACGGAUGUGUUCGGUGUUCGCGGACUGAGUGGUUGCCGCCCCUCGUUUUGGAGGCAUUUGGGCGUAGCACUUGCCUGAUGGCUGACGCCCGCUUGGCGGGAAAGAGACGAUGCCACAUACAUGUCGACAUGCAUGCGUACAGUUCACGCUGAUGAUUUGUUGUGGAUUGCGCAGCGUGAACCACUGCCCGGUUUUUCUAACGAACGGCGUGAUACCUG